AUGAAAGUUGUCUUAAUUCCUCUUUUUUCGCAUACAUCUGAUACUUGUUGUGAUUGUCAACCUGGUCAUUCGUUUAGAACAGACUGGUGUCUUGACCUUCACGGUUUUUUAUCUCGUGAAGAAUUCGCUGCUAGACUUGAUCAAAUAAAUAAUCAUGUCAAAGGCGUUGAACUAAUGAGUCCAAAAACAAAAUACUUAUUAUAUUCAAUAGCUUCCAUUGGUACUAUUUUGAUUACAAUUAUCUUUAUUAUAAUUAUGCCAUUUAUUGGCUUCUUUAUAAGCACUACCAUAUGUUCUAUUCUAUUCUUUUUUGCUAAAUUUAUGAUCGAAAGAAAUGCUGCGGAACGCGCUGAAAAAUUUACUAAUCUUUUAAACGAACUUUUUGCUCGUUACAAUGAAAAUGAAAAUCCAACUGUUAAUUGGAAAUUCUGGUGGGUUACAUCUUACGAAAAGUAUGUUAAUGGAAUGGAUGGAAGAGCUUUUGGAAAUGGGCGUAUAAACGUAUUAAAGCUCGGUUAUUGUCUUAGUAUUAAAUUUGCUUCACUAUUUACUGAUAAUGCAUUGAUAAUACUUGAGAUAAAUGAUGCCCUUUCUGAUCUUACAGCUAAUACCGUCCGUGUAAAUAUUGCGAAUGAUAGUAUAAUCUUGAGUACUCUAUAUUGA